CAUAAACACAGCGUGGACCCAACAUGUGAGGAUGGGUUCCAAGGCGCUUCUCAAAACCAACUUUUCUGUUGAGGCGAAGUAUGAUGCUUACUUCACCGGCCAGCGUGUUGAGGUGACCAGCGAUGGGUCCGCCGUGGUGUGUGAGUGUGGGGACAGUGUGGGGGUGGUGAGCCUGGAGUCAGGGAAGGUGACAGGUCGAAUCAGUUGUGAGGAAGACCAGGUGACUUGUCUUGCCCUGGCUCCAGAUGACUCCUACCUGGUGGUGGCUCUGAAGUCCACCUCCAUCCAGCAACAUAAAUGGCCAAGUAUGGAGUUAGUGCGGAGCUUCAGGUCGUACCACCGUGGCCCAGUGACAGCCAUGGCUUGGGACACCACAUCCACCCUGGUGGUGUCAGGUGGUGCAGACUCUUCAGCCCGUGUGUGGGACCUUGUCAACAAGUACUGCACACACAGCCUCAAGGGGGCUUCUGGUGUGUUUGGAGCAGUCACAUUCCAUCCUGAGCUGAGAAAGGUUCCACAAGUGUUUGGUGCUGUUGCCAAUAACAUCCAUGUGUGGAUGCUGGAGUCUGGCUCAUCAAGUAUGAGUGCAACCCUGGCAGGGCACCACUCGGCUGUCACUGCCCUCCAGGUGACCCAUGACACCUCACAGCUGGUCAGUUGUGGCCUGGAUCGGGUGGUCAUCCUGUGGGACCUCACCACCUUCAAUAGCUUGAAAGUUGUGCCAGUGCUGGAGUCUCUGUCAGGGAUUGUGCUGCAACCCCAGGGCUCACUCUUCCCUGGGGCACAAGAAGGCAGUGACCAUGUUUAUGCCUUAGUAGUCGGAGACAAAGGUGUCCCUUCUGUGUGGGAGGUGGACAGUGGGCGGGAGGUGUGGCGAGCACCUCAGCCUCUAAUGAGUCUGCCUGACAAGGAUGGGGUCACACUGGUAAAUCAGAUGGUAUAUUGCAAAGCCCUGGAGUCUGUGGUCAUGACUACCUAUGACCACUCCAUACUGUUUGCUAAGACAUCCUCCAUGAAGAUCUGGAAACAGCUUGCAGGCUACAAUGAUCAGAUCUUGGAUGCUGUGUUUGUGGGAGAAGGAGAGAGUCAUCUUGUGGUUGCCACCAACAGCAUACAGCUGCGCAUAUACCACUGUGAGAGCUUCAGCUGCUGCCUCAUACAGGGCCACGAGGCGCUGGUACUGGCUCUUGCCCGUCACCCAACACUGCCCUCCAUAUUUGCCUCCAGUUCCCAUGACAACAGUGUGCGUAUGUGGCAUCUGAGGGAGGAUGGCGGGGCUGACUGCAUUGCCUAUGCCAAGGGUCACACACUCAGCGUGGGCAGUGUGGCAAUCUCACAAGGCUUCAUGGUGACUGGCAGUAAGGACAUGUGUAUAAAGAAAUGGAUCCUUGGCAAGAAGAUCCUUCAGAGCAGUAAGGGAAGAGAGGCCUCUGCUGUGCCACUGACCUCCAGCCAUACGGAGAAGGCACACGAGAAGGACAUCAACAGCAUGUGUGUGUCAGUCAAUGGGAAGCUGAUUGCAACCGGCUCGCAGGACAAAACUGCUAAGGUGUGGGACAGCAGCAGCCUGGCCCUGCUGGGGGUGCUGCGUGGUCACCGGCGAGGGGUGUGGUGUGUCCAGUUCCCGGUGGAUGAGGUCCUAGCCACUGCCUCGGCUGACGCCACCAUCAAGAUAUGGACAGUGACUGAUUUUUCAAAUGCUAUUACUCUAGAGGGACACAGUGUAAGUGUGCUGCGGCUGUGCUGGGUGUCAGAGGGUCAGCAGCUGCUCUCCACAGCCUCUGAUGGCCUCCUCAAGCUGUGGACAGUCAAGACACGUCAAUGUGUGCAGACAUUUGAUGAGCAUCAGGACAAGACAUGGGCCAUGGCUGUGAGUGAGGAUGAGAAGCGGGUGGUGACGGGAGGGGAGGACGCAGCUCUGGUGAUGUGGAGGGACGUGACUCAGGAAGAGAAGGACAAGGCAGCAGAGGAGGCAGCCAGAUUUGCUGCUGAGGAACAGACCCUCCUUAACCUCAUUCAGAACAAGGAGUGGACAAAGGCACUGGCCAUUGCUGUGCGUCUUGGCCAGCCUAGCCGAGCACUCAAGAUCAUGAAGACUCUGCUUGAUGAGAUCCCAGGGGAGCUUCCGGUUGUCAUGUCCAAGCUGCGGCUGGACCAGGUGGCUGCCCUGCUGGAGUUUGCUACUUCCUGGAACACCAAGACCAAGGAUUCCAGAGAGGCUCAGAGCAUUAUCAAUGUGGUGUUGAAGACAUACCUGCCUGAGGAGCUGGAGGGCCUGGAUGGCUGGCAGAAGACACUGGAGGGUCUGCUGCCAUACACAGAGCGUCACCAGCGCAGGGUGGCAGCACUGCACCAGUCGGCGGGCAUCCUGAGCUACAUGUCUUCCUGCCUCACUCUUGGGGCUGACACAAGCAUUGUCAAACUUCCUCCAGUGAUGGACGAGGCAGAGCUCCUGACGAUGAUUCCUGUCCAGAAGCCCACAAAAGAAAAUAUGGACAGUGAAGAGAGUGAUGAUGAUGAUAAUGAUGAUGAUAAUGAUAAUGAAGAGGAGGAAAGUGAUGAGGAAGUUAGAAUUACACUUCAGAAUUCCAUAAUGAAGACAGAUGAAGGGAGUGAGAGUGACAAUGAUGAAGAGAAUGCUGUUGAAGAGAUGGACACACAUCCUGCAAUGAAAGAUGAAGAUGAUGAUGUGGAUGAGGGUAUUGAGGAAGGCAGUGAUGGAAAUGGUGGUAGUGAGGACAGUGAUCAAGAAAGGACUAGUGAAGCUCCUCUUGCCUCUAGGGAUGACUUGGAGGCUAAUUAUGUAUUUGAGAAAAUACAGGCAAGCUCAGGAAGCGAAGAUGAGGAAGUCGUGUCAGGUGAGGAGAAGGAGGAAGACCAGAAGGGAAAGAAGAGGAAAGGAUUCUCUGUGGACCAACUGCAGCUUGAAAGAAAAAAGAAGAACAAAAAGAUGAAAAACUCCAUGGAAAACGGAAAGGAAGCCAACGUGCAUAUGAAAAAGAACAAAAGUAAGAUGCGGAAGGACAGUUUUAACCAUAAGGAGCAGCAAAGAAGUAAGGGAGGGAAGAAGGGAAAGGGGGUGUCUGUAGCACGAGCCGGGAGAGGAAAGAAAAGGAAAAGAAUAACGUAACAUAAAUUAGAAGGAACCCGUUUUGUUUUUAAUGAAAUGUAUCAUUUAUAAACUAUUUUUUGUGAUUGUGAA